UAAUCCGUCAAGAGGAGACAGCUUCAGAAUGAGAACGCAUGUCGUUGUUGAGUAAAUAAACAGUAUUUUAGAUAGCCUGUACACAAAUAGCCAUUUAGUCGGAUUUCGUCGUUUCUACUUAUUUGUUCAGGAUCGCAUCUUGUUAAAAAUUAAAUCGGACAAUUUAGCAGCAGUCUAUUGAAUCAAAAACCGGAUGCUGACAGGCCCAUACAGUGGCCAAGUCCGUGGAACUGCUGUCUGCUCCCACCGGACCCAUGUUACAGGACACUUCUGGGGCGAUGCCUAUUGAGUAAAAAAAAAUACUAUUUUUUUUUUUUUGCAUAACGGUUUGUUGUAAUGUAGUAUCGACAUGUCUGCAUUUGGCAGUGAUCGUCUGAUUCUGUUGUGAAGUGAACGUUUGGACUGGAUAUGACUGACUCAUCAUCACCAUGGCCCGGUCAGAGGAGAUAACGCUUGUGCUGCUCUGCCUACCAGACAAGUAACUCUCUAGCAAGAAAAGUUGUUUUGGUUCACGAUUUUCGUAUUUCCAUCCAAUCGUGGGACAUGGCCUCGCAGAUGUACACUUUUGUUACCCGGGACGACAACAGCACUGUUUAUGCAGAAGUUUCCAAAAUCCUCCUUUCUACUGGGCAGUGGAAGAGGUUGAAAAGAGACAAUCCCAGAUUUAAUUUGAUGCUCGGUGAACGGAACAGACUACCAUAUGGCCGUCUAGGUCAUGAACCAGGACUGGUGCAACUGGUCAAUUACUACAGAGGAGCAGACAAGCUUUGCAGGAAGGCGUCUUUAGUCAAGCUAAUAAAGACCAGCCCAGAGCUCUCCGAUUCGCCCAACUGGUUCCCGGAAUCCUACAUUAUUUAUCCCACCAACCUCAACACUCCUGUGGCUCCUGCUACAAAUGGCCUCAGCCAUCUGAAGAGCAAUCCUAAGACGGACGAGCGAGAAGUUUUCCUGGCUUCCUAUCAUUCCAAAAAAGAAAGUGGAGAGGGGACAGUGUGGAUCGCCAAGUCAUCUGCUGGAGCUAAAGGUGCCGGUAUUCUGAUAUCGCACGAUGCUAACCAACUACUGGACUACAUUGACAAUCAAGGACAGGUUCAUGUUAUUCAGAAAUACCUGGAGAAACCUUUACUUCUGCAGCCAGGUCAUCGGAAAUUUGACAUCAGGAGCUGGGUUCUCGUGGACCACCAUUACAACAUCUAUUUGUAUCGAGAGGGCGUGCUGCGGACUUCCUCGGAGCCGUACAACAGCUCGGACCUCCAGGACAUGACCAGCCACCUGACUAACCACUGCAUCCAGGAGGAGUACUCCCAGAACUACGGGCGCUAUGAGGAAGGAAACGAGAUGUUCUUUGACGAGUUUCGUCUGUACCUGCUCAACACUCAUAAUGUCACCUUGGAGUCCACCAUAUUACCUCAGAUCAAACAAAUCAUCAAGAGCUGUCUGUCAUGCAUCGAACCGGCGAUUAGCACCAAGCAUCUCUCCUACCAGAGCUUCCAGCUAUUUGGGUUUGACUUCAUGGUGGAUGUAAAUUUCAAAGUGUGGCUCAUCGAGAUCAACGGAGCACCAGCUUGUGCACAGAAGCUGUACCCAGAACUGUGUCAAGGGAUAGUGGAUGUGGCCAUUUCCAGUGUCUUCACCCUGAACAAUAGUGGCGACGCCUCAUCGUUUUCGCCUUAUUCUUCCUCUCCAUCCACCCUCUUCUCCACCAACGUUUGCUCCUCCCCCAAACUGAGAGGACCGCUUCACGUCGGCCCUUUUACCCGACUUUAAGCACAAGGCAAAUCCACUGCUGGGGGGAGCAUCAAUUGUAUUCUGAGCAUUUAUCGUACCUCAUCUUUUCCGCAUGCGUGUAUUUGAUCUACAGAUGGUGUACUGUAUUUGUUUUAUCUUAAGAACGAAACAAAAAACUUUCCCUGAGUGUACGUUAGGGACCGAAAUUCAUCCUUUCCUCCGCUGAUAGUUGGGGGAGUUUGAGAAAGUGUAGAUGCUCAAGAUGAAACUUGUGCCUUACAUUUCCAGCCAUGCAACUGCUAACGUAUCAACCCACUUACAAUUCUCUGGAAUUGUGUGAGGAGAUUCACGUUAGCAAUGAGAAUGACUGAGUAAGACGCCCAUCAAGGUUAUUGCAACUAGUAGAGCUCACACUAGCUCUCUAACAAAUUAUUAGUUUUAAAAAAAGAAAUGUUGUUGCUACGUCACUUUGCUGAUUUCCUAUUUCUAAUCUAUUUUAGACUCUCAUGUUCACGUCAGCUUUUUUUUUUUUAGUUAUUGUUUCUUAGGUCAACAAUGUAUUUAAGUCAUUCAGCCUUUUUGUUUAUUCUGUGGAAUGGAGAUUGGUAUUUGGGCCCCUUCCUCCAGAAUGUCUGGAUCCUACUGGGUUAUUCAUGGAAAACACAAGAUACAAUAAAUUCAUUCUUUUAUUAUAGUAGUUGUCGAAAAGCUCUACCAUGACAAGCUAAGCACAGAGAGGCUUUUAAUUGUGUUUUAGGUAAUGAAUUGGAAACUAAUAUGAUUGCUGAUUAUGUUUGGUUUUGUUAAGGUAAAACAUUUCUAUUUUUUAAUUUUUUUUUUCAUUGGGCAAAACGUGCCUUAGUCAUCAGAACCUUAAAUUUGUGUAUGUGUUUUUUUUAAUUGUGCAUCCAACCUGGUAUGUUUAUUUAACUGUUGUCACAAAUUUUGGAUUUCUUCAUCCCAACCAAAGAUGACAUGCUGUAUAUUAAAUCGAUUGUCCAGUCUUGUGCUGUAAUUUGAAUGAACCAAUGGACUCAUCUGAAAUUGACUGUCGUAGGUGUUUUUGUUUUUCAAAUGUUGCAUGGUAGUAUGUCAAACUGUAUUACAAGAAUAAAAAUAUGAUCCUCG